AUGGCACCUCAUCGUCCCAAGGCACAUGGAGAAUAUAUUGAAGAGGAUUGGAAAUUUGUCGCCAUGGUCCUGGAUCGUCUCUUUCUGUGGAUCUUCACAAUAUCCUGUGUGGCUGGGACAGGUAUAAUUAUUUUGCAAGCUCCCUCCAUCUGGGACAAGCGACUGCCGAUCGACAUCAAGAUGUCAAAGCUGGCCAAGUGGCGAUACCGUCAUUUGCUGCCACCGAUGAACAACUGA